AUGCCUGGCUGCUUUAAAAAGACAUUAUUUGCCUUGGCUUCUCUGAUAAAUUUUGUGUCUUUUAUCUUGAUUGUUGUUGCAAUGGGGACCCCAAAGUGGAUGACUGGAAAGAUCCUUUGCAAAACAGGGGCUGAUUUGGUCAAUGCCACAGAUCCAGAGCUUGUCAAGUUCAUUGGAGAAAUUUACUAUGGACUCUUUCAGGGCGGCAAAAUACGCCAGUGUGGCUUGGGCGGGCGGCGUUCCAAAUUCACAAUUUUCCCACACAUGGUGAAAAAGUUGAAUACAGGCCUGCAUGUGAUGAUCAUAAUGUUCCUCUGUGUGGCCAUUUUCUUUUCUCUGGUCAGUUUUGGAUUCUGCAUUCUUAACGCAAUAAAAGUUCCUUACCGGGCUAUUAACGGUCCAGCAGGAGCAUGUCUUUGGAACUUCCUUGCAGGUGGAUUUGUAGUACUUGCAGUCACUAGUUUCAUGGCUGCUGUGAAACUUCAUCACCUCACAGAAAGAAUUGCCAAUUUUCGGGAAAAUGUCUUUCGGUUCGUUAUCUUAGAAGAACGCUUUGAAGACUGCUUUUGGAUUUGUGUGGCAAGUGCCACAACACAUGCAGUGAAUUUGCUGCUAAUAGCCAUUAGUGGGAUUCAUUUCCCUAAAAUUAAGACUAAAACAGAAGAAGUGAAUGUUACAGCAGAAGAUAUCAUGUACUAA